GACUGAUGAACGCUCGGAGAUGUUUGCGCUCCUGCUCGUCUGCGGGAUCCUGUUUGCUCAAGCUCAGGGUUGGUCUGAGCCGCGGAUCAGACUGAACUCUGGAGCUCCGGUCGGUACGGCUGUGAUUCUCGACUCCGGUUCUCCUCUUCAUCUGAUCUGUGAAGGUGAUGGUCCAGUCACAUGGUUUCCCCGACUGGCCAAACAGAAGCGUUUCAUCUCCAAGGAAAUCGGAAAUGUCCGUAGUUUCUAUGUGGAUAUAGCCACGGCGGAUUUUACAGGAACUUAUAAAUGCAUCUAUAUGAACGGAAAUGAUUCAAAUGAGUCAUCUUCGGUUCAUGUGUUUGUCAGGGAUCCCCGAAUUCUCUUCGUCUCACCCAGUACGUCUCUGCGUUAUGUGCGGAAAGAAGGUGAAGAUCUGACACUUCCGUGUCUUCUGACCGACCCCAACGCCACAGACUUCACCUUCCGCAUGGAUAACGGCUCAGCGGUGCCCUACGGCAUGAACGUGACCUUUGACCCCAGAAAGGGCGUCCUGAUUCACAAUGUUCAUCCUGGAUUUAACGCCGACUACAUUUGCGGUGCUAGAAUUAAAGGGGUUGAGAAAGUGUCGAAGAUAUUCUCAAUAAACAUCAUUCAACGAUUACGUUUUCCACCGUACGUGUUUCUGAAGAGAAGCGAGUAUGUAAAACUGGUGGGAGAGAAAUUUCAGAUCAGCUGCACCACAAACAACCCCAACUUUUACUAUAAUGUCACAUGGACGCACUCCUCUAGAAAGCUGCCCCGAGCAGAAGAGAAAUCGAUGAUGGAAGGGGAUCGGUUGGCCAUCGAGAGCCUCCUGAUCAUACCAGCUGUUCAGUUGUCUGAUUCGGGGAACAUCACCUGUACGGGUCAGAACGAGGCCGGAGCCAACAGCUCCACCACACACCUGCUGGUCGUGGAGGAGCCAUACGUUCGACUCUUCCCGAAGAUCUCUUCUGAACUCACUCACCACGGCCUGUCCAUCGAGGUGAACGAAGGCGACGAUGUGGAUCUCAGGGUUUUGAUCGAAGCAUAUCCACCGCUGAUCUCACACCAGUGGGAGACUCCAACAUCCCACAAUGCCUCACUCCCAGAGAACAGGUUUUACAGCUAUAAUGACAGGUACGAGGCGCUGCUGUUCCUCAAGAGACUAAACUUCCAGGAAACCGGCCGCUACACACUCCAUGUCAAGAGCAGCAUCAAAAAUGCCUCCAUUACUUUUGAUAUUAAAAUGUAUACAAAACCCGUAGCGACGGUGAGAUGGGAGAACGUCACAACUCUGUCAUGCAGGUCUUAUGGAUAUCCAGCUCCCAGCAUCCUCUGGUAUCAGUGCACAGGAAUCAGAACCACCUGUCCAGAAAACUCCACGGGACUUCAGCCCAUCCAGACGCAGACGCUGGCGUUACAGAAGGAGCCGUACGGGUCGGUGGGUGUGGAGAGCGUGCUGAGCGUGGGACCGUCCAACCAGAGGAUGACCGUGGUGUGUGUGGCCUUCAAUCUGGUCGGACAAGGCAGCGACACCUUGGCCAUGGACGUCUCUGAUCAGCUCUUCACAAGCACUAUGUGUGGAUCAAUGGUCGCCAUGGUGGUUCUAGCGCUGCUGCUCAUCUUCAUGAUCUACAAGUACAGACAGAAACCCAGAUAUGAGAUCCGCUGGAAAAUCAUUGAAGCCACAAAUGGAAACUACUACACCUUCAUAGACCCAACACAACUGCCAUACAAUGAGAAAUGGGAGUUUCCUCGAGACAAACUAAAACUCGGAAAGACUCUGGGAGCAGGAGCCUUUGGGAAGGUGGUGGAGGCCACGGCGUACGGCCUGGGCGAAGAGGACAAUGUCACACGUGUAGCUGUCAAAAUGCUGAAAGCUAGCGCUCAUCCAGACGAGCGAGAGGCUCUGAUGUCCGAGCUGAAGAUCCUCAGUCAUCUCGGGCAGCACAAGAACAUCGUGAACCUGCUGGGCGCCUGCACACACAGCGGUCCUGUGCUGGUGAUCACAGAAUACUGUUGUCAUGGUGAUCUUCUGAAUUUCCUGCGUAACAAAGCCGAGAACUUCCUGAACUUCGUCAUGAUGAUUCAGACUCCGAUGAUGGAUUAUAAGAACGUCGACACUGAACGAAUGUUUUUCAGAAGUGACAGUGGGAUUUCCAGCACCUGCUCUGAUCAAUAUCUGGACAUGAGACCAGUCUCAUCCAGACCCACUAACUCAGCUCAGAGUUCUUCUUUGGAUUGUGAGGCUGAAGGUUCGUGGCCGCUGGACAUAGACGACUUACUCAGAUUCUCAUAUCAGGUGGCGCAGGGACUCGAUUUCCUCGCUGCUAAAAAUUGCAUCCACAGAGACGUGGCGGCCAGAAACGUCCUCCUCACCAACAGCCGAGUGGCCAAGAUCUGUGAUUUCGGUCUGGCGCGAGACAUCAUGAACGACUCCAACUAUGUAGUCAAAGGAAACGCGCGUCUUCCAGUGAAGUGGAUGGCUCCAGAGAGUAUUUUCGACUGCGUUUAUACGGUUCAGAGUGACGUCUGGUCUUAUGGGAUCCUGCUGUGGGAGAUUUUCUCACUGGGUAAGAGCCCGUAUCCCAACAUACUGGUGGACUCCAAGUUUUAUAAAAUGAUCAAAUGUGGCUAUCAGAUGUCCAGGCCUGACUUUGCACCUCCAGAGAUGUACACCAUCAUGGAGAUGUGCUGGAACCUGGAAGCCGCUGAGAGACCAACAUUCAGUAAGAUCAGUCAGAUGAUCGAGAGGAUGCUGGGAGAUACAGCGGAUCCACAGAUAACUGAGGGUCAAAGGUUAAAUGCGUUCUCAUUUAUCACUGAAGCCUUAGAAAUGGACCUGAGGACAAUGACUGACUGACUGCACAGAAACCAUUUCAGGAUGAAAAACUAACCAUUUGCUUUACCUUUAAUGUAAAAUUAAAAUUAAAUGAAAGUUUCAUUUAAUUUUCAUAUGCAUAUUUACACUUGAUUAUUUUGAUGUGCAGCAAAUGUUUAUAUAGAAGAAAUGUUGUAAGCUGAAUGUCACAUUUUGUUUUCAACAAGUCAACCUCUCAAACAGACAAAUCUGUUGUUUUUUUUCUGUAGUUUCUUAACUGUUUGCUGUCAAAUGAAGCAUCAGACACACACUGCCAGAGUAACUGUAGGUUGCUUAAAAUGUGAUUAUAUUAGAACAGGUAGCACUUUAAUUUUGCUUUUGCAUUUUAAUGUCAUUUUUAAACGUUUACUUCAGUUGCAACUGAAUUUCACAUUUUGCAUUUUAAUUUCAUUUUCAAAUUUUUCACUUUAGUCGAACUCUCAAACAGAAAAAUCCGUCAUUUUUUCUGUAGUUUAUUAACGGUUUGAAAUGGGUAAAUCUUUGUUUUUGUACUCCAAACGGUUUGCUUUCAUCAAAGUUUAUUUGAACUCUCAGAUGAAGCAUCAGACACACUGCCAGAGUAACGUUAGGUUGAUAAAAUGUGAUUUAACCUUUUUUCGUUCUCAAAGCACAAACUGCCAUGUUUAUAUUAUAUCCUUAUUUACAUUUAUUCUAAUGCAACAAUUUUUUGUAUGAUUCAUAGUUCAAUUAUGUGAGAUUGAAUCGUUAUAAUGACAUCUUUUCUCAGUGUUUAUCUGUGUUCUAGUUCCCAUGAGUCGCAUCUUAAUGAGUUCUGCACCUUUGAUAGCUACACAUCUGUAUGUUUUAGUUUUACUACAGAACUUGCUACUGAAAGCUACUAAUAAACCAUGGAAAUGUCUUGUUUUUAUCAGUUUAUUGGGAGCGAUUGGGAGGUCAAUCCAUGUCAAACAUUUGAGUUUGAGCACAUUAUCUGUUAUGAACCGGAUCUCUUAGAAUAAAUACGUCAACAUGUCAAAAUGUUUUUCUAUGCAUGAAAAUGCCAUCAAAAUAUGAAAUGUAAAUAAAUACUGUCGGUUUUCCACCUGUAGUGGGUUUCACUUUUCUGUGGGCAAUAAAAUGCUUGUUAUUCACAAUCAUAAAUAUGUCAGAUACAGCAUCAGAGACACACAAGGCCAGCUAUUUUUCAGGGAACAUGAAUCUGCAGGCGUCAUUUACUCACUCUCGUGUCAUUCCAAACCACGCUGCUCUUUUCCAUAUAAUGUAAGUGAAUGGUGAUUUAAACAGGCUCCAAAAAGCACUAAAAACUGAUUUUUAGGACAACAUUUUAAGAUUUAUGUUUUUGAAA